UUUGUUUCUCUCCAUUGCCCAUGCACUUUCAACAACUAGAUAAUUAACAUUAUACCUUUUUUAUUGUGUUAACGAUGGAAGAUUGGUUUAUUUCCCGUAUUUAAGUAUAUGUUUUUUCAAGAUGAUUGAUAAGAAAAGUAUUGUCCAACCCAUCAGGUACAGUUGAAGUCGGAAGUUUACAGACACCUGUCACGACUUCUACCGAAGGUGGUGACUGAUGGUGAGACUGUGGAGGAACAUUUUUGUGAACCACUCAUCUCAUCCUCCUCAGGCCAGAGUGAUGCCGCUUUUCAGAAUGAGACCGCUCUCCUGACACAGGGAGGUUACUCCUUCCCCAACUCGGGCUCUGUCCUCUACCUACCUCACCCCUGCCUACUUACCUCACCCCAAGUCAACACCCUAGAGCUUGCUUCCUAACCCAUGAGAACCCUCCCCUCGAAUUACUACCUCAGCACUUUCCUCUAUGUAAACCUGGGGCUCCCAGACCACCGUCUCCACCCUCCUGAGUCUUUCCCCUCACCAAUUCAUUACACCUUCAUCAACCCCUGAGGGGCAUUUUAAAAAGGCAUUACCAGUGCCUCCUCCCCGUUGUCGGUAAGGUGAUCUGAGCCUUCCCUCUUAUUACCUCACACCCUCCUACUGUGUACUGGCACGCAAAGAUGCGCCGGAACUUCGAGUGGCAGAUGUUUGAGUGACGUCCGCACUCUGUCAAUGUCAGAGCCUGGAGGAGAGGGGUGGUGCCAGAGUGGGAAUCCCACGUCUGUGUUUGCCUAUGAAGGUCAUCAAGGCCCAGAGGAAGGAGGCAUGAAGAAUGAGGGAGAGAUGCGAAAAGGAGAGGAGGAGGGGCAGGGAAAAGAGGAGGAUGAGGAUUACGACUCGCCUCCAGAGAGGCAGAUCGUGGUGGGCAUCUGCUCCAUGAUGAAGAAGUCCAAGUCCAAGCCCAUGACCCAGAUCAUGGAGAGGCUGUGUAAGUUUGAGUACAUCACCGUGGUCAUCUUCCCCGAAGAGGUCAUCCUCAACGAGCCCGUGGACAAAUGGCCCCUGUGCGACUGCCUCGUCUCCUUCCACUCCAAAGGUACAAACGAACGUUUCCCAUUGGACAAAGCGGUAGAGUACGCCAACCUCAGAAACCCACUUCUCAUCAAUGACCUGAACAUGCAGUACUACAUACAAGACAGGAGGGAGGUGUAUCGUAUCUUGCAGGAGGAGGGGAUUGACCUUCCUCGUUACGCUGUGUUAACCCGAGACCCAGACAGACCUGAAGAAUGUAACCUGGUCGAGGGGGAGGAUCAUGUGGAGGUGAACGGGGAGGUGUUCCCCAAGCCCUUUGUGGAGAAGCCCGUGUGCGCAGAGGACCACAAUGUCUACAUCUACUACCCCACCUCAGCUGGAGGGGGCAGCCAGAGACUCUUCAGAAAGAUAGGGAGCCGCAGCAGUGUGUACUCCCCAGAGAGCUGUGUGAGGAAGACUGGCUCCUACAUAUACGAGGAGUUCAUGCCAACGGACGGCACUGAUGUCAAGGUGUACACAGUGGGUCCUGACUAUGCCCAUGCUGAGGCAAGGAAGUCCCCGGCCCUGGACGGUAAGGUGGAGCGGGACAGCGAGGGGAAGGAGAUCCGCUACCCUGUCAUGCUCACCGCCAUGGAGAAACUGGUGGCCCGCAAGGUCUGCCUGGCCUUCAAGCAAACGGUGUGUGGCUUCGACCUCUUGAGAGCGAAUGGCCACUCAUUCGUCUGUGACGUCAAUGGCUUCAGCUUUGUGAAGAACUCCAUGAAGUACUAUGACGACUGUGCCAAGGUCUUGGGGAACAUGGUGAUGCGAGAGCUGGCCCCUCAGUUCCACAUCCCCUGGUCCAUCCCCAUGGAGGCUGAGGACAUACCUAUAGUCCCCACCACCUCAGGAACCAUGAUGGAGCUGCGCUGUGUCAUCGCCAUCAUCCGCCACGGAGACCGCACCCCCAAACAGAAAAUGAAGAUGGAAGUCAGACACCCUCUGUUCUUUGAGCUGUUUGAGAAGUACGGAGGGUACAAGUCAGGGAAACUGAAGUUGAAGAAGCCCAAACAGCUACAGGAGGUGCUGGACAUUGCCCGGCUCCUACUGGCUGAGUUGGGGCAGCACACAGACUGUGAGAUCGAGGAGAAGAAGGGUAAACUGGAGCAGCUCAAGACUGUCCUGGAGAUGGAAUCCAGCUUGAAUGACAUUCAGUAUGGGCAUUUCUCAGGCAUCAACAGGAAAGUGCAGCUCACGUACCUGCCCAACGGACAGCCCAAAGCCUCCAGUGAGGAAGAAGAAGGUCCGAAGGAGGGUCCGUCUCUACUGCUCGUGUUGAAGUGGGGAGGGGAGCUGACCCCGGCAGGCAGAGUACAGGCUGAGGAGCUGGGGAGGGCCUUCCGCUGCAUGUACCCUGGAGGACAAGGGGACUAUGCCGGUUUUCCUGGCUGUGGUCUGCUUCGUUUACACAGUACCUACCGCCACGACCUCAAGAUCUACGCUUCAGACGAAGGCCGUGUACAGAUGACCGCUGCCGCUUUUGCGAAGGGUCUGCUGGCUCUGGAGGGGGAGCUGACUCCCAUCCUGGUGCAGAUGGUGAAGAGCGCCAACAUGAACGGCAUGCUGGACAGCGACAGUGAGUCUCUGACCGACUGCCAGCAGAGGGUGAAGGCCCGCCUCCAUGAGAUCAUGCAGAAAGACCAGGACUUCACUGAGGCAGACUACCAAAAGCUGGCCCCUACAGGCAGCCCCUCUCUGGUCAACUCCAUGAAGAUCAUAGGGAACCCAGUGAGGACGUGUGACCAGGUCUACGCCCUCAUCCAGAGACUCACCUCCCAGAUCCGCAAAAGGCUCGAGGACCCCAAAUCUGCAGACCUGCAGCUGUACCACAGUGAGACCCUGGAGCUGAUGCUGCAACGCUGGUCCAAGCUGGAAAGGGACUUCCGGAAUAAGAGUGGCCGCUACGACAUCAGUAAGAUCCCAGACAUCUACGACUGUGUGAAGUACGACACGCAGCACAACGCCACGCUGGGUCUGGAGGACACACUGGAGCUGUUCAGGCUGUCCCGUGCCCUGGCCGACAUCGUCAUACCUCAGGAGUAUGGCAUCAAUAAGCCAGAAAAGAUGGACAUUGCCCAGGCCUACUGCCUGCCCUUGAUGAAAAAGAUCCAGCUAGACCUGCAGAGGACCCACGAGGACGAGGCCGUCAACAAGCUGCACCCACUGUGGUUCAGGUACUCGCGGGGGGUCAUGUCUCCAGGGCGUCACGUCCGGACACGCCUCUAUUUCACCAGCGAGAGCCACGUCCACUCGCUGCUCAGCAUCUUCCGCUACGGCGGACUACUGGAUGAGGUGAAGGACCAGCAGUGGAAACAGGCCAUGGAUUACCUCAGUGCCGUCUCUGAACUCAACUACAUGACUCAGAUAGUCAUCAUGCUGUAUGAGGAUAACAACAAGGACCCUGGGUCAGAGGAGCGUUUCCACGUGGAGCUCCACUUCAGUCCCGGGGUGAAGAGCUGUGAGGACGAGGAGAACGUCCCUCUGGGCUUUGGCUUCCGCCCUGCCUCCGCUGAGAACCAGGAGAAGCAGACCAACCAAGGCAGUCUGGAGGACCUAUCACAGGACGAGCCUGACCGGGCCCUGCCUCUCUCUGAACUAAUCAGCAUCAGAAGAUCACCCAUGAUCCGCAACCGCAAGACUGGCUCCAUGGAGGUCCUCUCCGAGACCUCCCCCAGCUCCUCCAAGGGCGCCUCCUACCGCCUCUUCCCCUCCUGCUCGCGCCAGUCCCCUGAGAUCAAACCGACUGGCCUAGGGUCCCUGUGCUCGGGCCUCUUCAGUGCCUCUGUCCUGGGGGUGUCCUCUAGCGCCCCCAACCUGCGGGACUACGUCCGCACCCACCACCGCAAACCCCCCCUGUCCCCCGGUUUGCCUUUUGGAGAUGAGCUGUUCUCUAUGCCGGCAGUAAAGAGAUUUUCUGUGUCGUUUGCCAGGCAUCCGACUAACGAGCCCCUAGACGAGCAUCUUGUAGCCCAGCUGCUGAAGGGGCUCGUCACUGACCCGGCCCUCCUGUGUUGCCCCCCUCUGGCCUCUCUGGACAGGGCCAUGGCCCACCACCUGCACCAGUGCCCCUACCACCUGCGCCUCCUCAGGAACUGGCUGGUGUCCGGCCAAGACCUCCCCGAGUGCCUCUACGGCUUUGAAGGCUGCUCCAUGGUGCCCUCUAUCUACCCACUGGAGACGCUGCACAACUCGCUGUCCCUCAAGCAGGUGGACGAGUUCCUCAAUGCUGUGUGUGAGGACAGCAGCGACGCCCAUGCUAAGACCAUGAAAGCUCUCUCUGUCUUGUUCGACACGUCAAGCCAGGGGUAUGGCCAGGCACACACCUACCCCCCACCAAAGGCCCUCUCCUCCUCAGAAACUCCUGUUCGGCCCCCCACCCACCCACUAUGCUUAAGCAGUGGCCCCCCCAGCACAGUGUCCAGUGCAGGGCCCUCCUCCCCCACCUCGGUGAACCCAUCAAACCCAGCCAUAAACUUCAGCUUCAGUGAGUAGUCCGGAACCCCCUCACCGGAUCCCACAGAGGAACCGCAGGACAACCCAACACCUGGACCUUCAGAGGAAGCCAUUAUUAAUCCAUCCAUCCACACUGUGCCCGUCAACAAUGAGUGCCUUCAAACUCUUGUUAGUAAUCACAGUCGCAUACAGUGCUGGACCCUGAGGACCGUUCGUCCUAUUUUCUGGACAAAAACAAACAAAAACCCUCAGGCGGAUUGUCUGUCCAACCAACACUGCCCCAUUUGAGCGACAGCCAGGGGAGCCUAUGGCCAGUGUCCUCGGCAGGGUAUAGACCGGCCUGAGGCUGGAUGGAAUUACUACAGCCUAUCUGUCUGUCCUUGAUUCAGACUGCCUGCUGAUGUUGUUGAAAAAUGUUGCUGAACAGAGACAAUGGGAGACCUCCUUUCACAGAGACGGGAGGCAGGUUCAGAAUAUUCUACACCAAUCAUUGCAGACAAUUAUUGGCAUACAGGUAUAGUUGAGCCAGUUGAUCAAAUACGGACUGCUUUCUCAGUUUUGUUGUGUGUCCCUCUUUUUAUAUUCUGUUUUGGGGUGGCUGUACUUUACGUAAUUGGGGGGGUACAAAACGAUACAACAGGAAUACUGUACACUUGAGUAUACAAAAACAUUAAGAACACCUGCUCUUUCUAUGACAGACUGACCAGGUGAAAGCUAUGAUCCCUUAUUGAUGUCACUUAAAUCCACUUGAAACAGUGUAGAUGAAUGGGAGCAAACAGGUCAAAAAGGGAUUUGUAAACCUUGAGACAAUUGAGACAUGGAUUGUGUGUCAUUCAGAGGGUGCGUAACUCAAUAUUAGGAAGGUGUUUCGUUCUGGUGUACUCAGUGUAUGUUUCCUAUCAUGUCUACACAGCAUUUUGUCACGAAAUAAUACACAACUCAUAUUUUAUAUACAUAAUUGUUUUUAUGUUUGAGUACCAUGUGAAAUAUAUUUCAUAUCCUGAUCUCAACAUGCCAAAAAUAUAAACAAUACACGUGUCUCAACACCUUACAUAAAAAUCUGUGGUAAAUAUUAUUUUUUCUAUACAGUAUUUCAAGGGUAAACCACUCCAGAGGAAAAUAGCUGUGCCUUUAGCCUUCCUCAGUCUAUACUGGGUUGGGUCCUCAAACUAUUUUGAACAUUUCUGCUGUCUUGCCAAAGUUAUGUUUUUAAUGUUAAUUUAAACGAUUGUGUAUCAAAUGGUGUAAUACAUAUUAUUUGGGCAUAUGUAUUGUCCCAGUGGGGAUAAAUAAAGUUGAAUAUGUAUUUAUGGAUAAAAAAAAAUAAAAAAUAAACAUUUUUAGACGGAAGGUAUGCAUUGAAUCGUUUAACAAAAACAAUGGUUUUCUUGUACAGUAAUUCUCCAAAUUGUAAAACCAAAACGUUUCUAUGGAUUCUGAAAAGAACAUGAAUGUCAUUGUAUUUGUAGUUGGUAUGUAGUAGUCUAUGCUAUUUCAAGGAUGCUCUCAACUGCACUUAUGUAAAACUAGCACUGCUGAAUCUAUAGAACAAAGCUUUAUUUUUUAGAGUUUUCUUCACAUUGUUUUUCUUGAUAGUAAUGAUUUAUUUAAUGACUGGUGUUUAUAGGUGAAAUUAAGACCUUUUUUUGUUGGUGGUUAUUUAAUGUGCCAUGUAAUAUCAGCCAAAGAUAGUUGAUGCUGUAUAGAAUCCUCUCCUUAGACAUUGUCUUAUUAAGGUCUAGCAAUAAAACACCAAGGUUGUUUUAUUAAAAGUAAUAUCUGAUUUCUGAA